CUUAACUGCCGGAAAAGUCUAUCAGAUCUUCAUACCAUCAGGAAAACCAAGGGGACACGUACAGAAUUAAAGUCUUGAUCACCAGCCUUCAAUCUCCUUCUGCUUCUGCAUUUCUCUCCAACAUCAACCAUCUUCUGCCGGGUUUGGAGUCUUUAUGGAGCGAGAUUGGGAAAACUUGCCAAAGCAUCUUUUAGAUUCAGUUGCGGAAAAAUUAUUGAAACCAUGGGACUAUCUGGGGUUCAGCUUGGUAUGUAAGUCAUGGUAUUCUGUAGCAAAGGAUAAUGAAAGCAAACAUGCUAGGAUGACAGCUCCAAUGCUGUUGUAUUAUUCAGGAAGAAAACAGUACUGGAAAUUCUACGACGUAGUUGAUAAGAAGGUCCUUAAGUUCCAAGCAAAAGUGCCAUGGAAGGUAUUUGUUGGAUCUUCAAAAGGAUGGCUACUAUUUGUGCAUCGGAAUAUUAGGGAGAAAAACCUUGGAGUAACUUUAGUAAAUCCUUUCUUGAGGAUUAAAGGGAGGGAAAAUAAGGAAAAAUCGAUUAUUUGUCUGCCGCCACUAACUCCCCCGGGUUGGGAAAAAUGGUAUGUAAAUUGUGAGGAGUAUGUCUGCAAGGCCACAAUUUCAGCAGACCCUAUAUCAAAUACAAAUGACUGCAUUGUUACAGUCAUACAUUUGGAAAGAGGCAAUUUGGCUUUCAUUAGAUUGGGUAAGGAUACAACAUGGACUUAUGUGGAUGAAAGUGUUGAUAAUGCCCUUGAUGAAGACAUUGGCUGCCAGAUGAUUGAAGAAGUUGUCAACGUUGGAAAUACAUUUUAUGCUGUGAAUUAUUAUAGAGAAGUUUUAUGUUAUGAUGUUACUACUGGUCGGACAUACUCAGAUGUAAAGAUGGUUAGACGCGGCAAUUCUCCAGAUUGUAAUAAUAGCAAGAGAUAUAUCUUUGAAGUUGAAGAGAAUCGAUUGUUGAUGGUCGAAAGGUACAGAGGGUAUACAGAAGACGACAUACGUGUGACAAAGAAAUUUAGAGUUUUCGAACUGAAUGUGCAAACGGGUGAAUGGACUGACGGGUGA